UAUUCUUUGAUCGUCGUCAAAGCGUAAACGAGUCACCAGAGAAGAAAUUUACCGGAAAAUCGGCCGGAGCGGGAAGAAAUUAAAUCAUGGGCAACAGUUUAAGAUGUUGUUUGGCGUGUGUAAUUCCUUGUGGAGCUCUAGAUGUGAUCAGAAUUGUUCAUUUGAACGGUCAAGUCGAAGAAAUUACGCGUACGAUCUCAGCCGGUGAAGUUCUUAAAGCGAAUCCGAAUUACGUAUUAAGUAAACCAUCGUCUCAAGGCGUUGUUCGUAAAAUUUUAAUUCUUUCUCCGGAAUCCGAUCUCAAAAGAGGUAAUAUCUAUUUCUUAAUACCAUCUUCUUCUGUUCCGGCCGAAAAGAAGAAAAACAACAACACCACCAUCAAAACUGUCGCAAACACCAAAACCGUGGUCUCUACCGUCGCCGAUGUUAAAAAGCAGUGUGUUGAUGAUAUGAAGAAUGUUGUUGUCCAUAAAACAGCAACGAAUGAUCUACAUCUACCUAUCGUUAAUAAAGAAGUCCCUGCAGAUUGUAAACAAUUUGUAACGGAGAAGAUUCAACCGGAAAAGAAAACCACACGACACCGGAGACGGACGAGUGCUAGUCGAGCAAGCCGAGAUUGGAGGCCUCAUCUUGAGAGCAUUUCUGAGGAUUCAAGACAAUUUUCCAUCCCCAAUAUAAUGCAGUAAAAAAUUAUGCUUAUUGAAAUUGGAUAAUUACUUUUUAUCCAUUCAAUUUCUGGGAUAAUUAUUUUAUCCCAAUAUAGGUUCAACUUUUUUUUUUCUUUUCUUCCAAUCCAAAUUUUAUGAGUUUUUUGAAUUUGUCAUUUAUAUGUGGAUAAAAAUAAUCAAUGUAUUCUUUUUUUUCUUUUCAAAUUUAUAAUUUUAGAAUAUAUCCAAUUACUAUUUGUGGGGAUUCU